AGAGAGAGAGAGAGAGAGACGGUCCAACCGAGGACUUUUAUUUUGAAUGUAUUUUAGUGGGCGGAGAUCGACCUACAUUACUAGUACUGUACUGUGUGUAUUACAAGCAUUAUAUCAAUGUCUGGUAUCUUUAAGGCAAUGUCGAAGUUUCGUCUGGCUGUGGUUCAGUUACAUGUGUCAAAGAUCAAGGCGGACAACUUGGGAAGAGCACAAACACUUGUGAAGGAGGCUGCAGGACAAGGUGCAAAAGUUGUAGUGUUACCUGAGUGCUUCAACUCCCCUUAUGGAACCGGGUUCUUUGCUGAGUAUGCGGAGAAGAUCCCAGGAGAGUCCACACAGGUGUUGUCGGAGGCAGCCAAGAAGUGUGGGGUCUAUUUAGUUGGCGGUUCCAUUCCUGAGGAGGAUGGAGGAAAGCUCUAUAACAGCUGCUCAGUUUUUGGACCUGAUGGAAAGCUGCUUGUCAAACACAGGAAAAUUCAUCUUUUUGAUAUUGAUGUACCAGGGAAAAUACGGUUUCAGGAGUCUGAAACACUACAUCCGGGAAACAGUUUAUCCAUGUUUGAAACCCCAUUUUGUAAAGUAGGUGUGGGAAUAUGUUAUGACAUCAGGUUUGCAGAGCUUGCACAGAUCUAUGCUAAGAAAGGUUGCCAGCUUUUGGUAUAUCCUGGUGCCUUCAAUAUGACCACAGGUCCAGCUCACUGGGAGCUGCUGCAGAGGGGGAGGGCAGUAGAUAAUCAGGUAUAUGUGGCCACUGCUUCACCAGCAAGAGAUGAGAGCGCCAGCUAUGUGGCCUGGGGUCACAGCUCUGUGGUUAACCCUUGGGGGGAGGUAAUUGCCAAAGCUGGAUCAGAGGAAUCUGUUGUAUAUGCUGACAUAGACCUGCAGUAUUUGGCUGAUGUGCGCCAGCAGAUCCCAAUCACCACACAGCGACGGAAUGAUCUAUAUAGUGUUAACAGUGUUCAAGAGGGCUGAACUCUCAUUCACACAAAGCACUGCAGUGGACAUUAAGUCUUGAUUUAAGACAGACUAAGUCAGCACUUUGUGUUAGACACAGGUCUUCAUCAAUGUAAUGUUUGGCAUCGCACAACAAAGAUGUUUUAAUUCUUGUGAACAAGUGCCUCACAAUUAGCAUUCGUUUGAUGAUUCUCUUACAAUGGAAAUUAUAUUUGGAAUCGAUAAAAGAAGUGGUGAGAACAGUGGACAGUUAUGCCUGGGCAGGUAAAGUGCUGCAUCAGUGUGAGAAAAAUAUUAAGCAUGAUAUUAUGUUGUUAAUAUUAUCAAGUGAUUUCCAAAUCAAAAUAAUUGUAUUUUCAUUUCCACUGUAUUAAUUCCAAAAGAGAUUAAAAUAUUAUCUGAAAAAUAUUUACUUCA